AAGCGGCCCUUGUGGAGAUGAUGCUAAUAGCUGAUGCUGAGCCCUGCCACGUGCCACAUCCUGCUCCACGUGUAUUAGAAGCUCAUGUGUUAAUGCAUUGAAUCCUUGUGUUCCCAUAAGGCAGGCUUACAGAAACUGAAAGAAUUCAACACCAGCAGAUCUGCACAAGAAAUGUUAACAGAAGUCUUUCAGGUGCUGAAGUGCCCCCAAAAUGACAAAGCUAGGUCUCAAGGCUUGAUUGGAUUCAGGUUAAAUAUUUUUGACAAGAAUACUUCAGAGAUGUUGUGAACUUCAUGUUGCAUCGUAUCAGGAGAACAUGCUGUCAGACUGCCACACUCUUACUGAUGUUAAGUUUGAUUACUUGGCUAAGCCAGAUCUGCCAGUGAGCCUCAGGCUUUGGGAACUGAAGAGUGUGUCUGAAAAACCCACCCAGCAUUCCAAUGGCCAGCAACAACACCGCCAGCAUAGCUCAAGCCAGGAAACUGGUAGAACAGCUGAAGAUGGAAGCCAACAUCGAUAGGAUAAAGGUGUCCAAGGCAGCUGCAGACUUGAUGGCCUACUGUGAAGCGCAUGCCAAGGAAGAUCCCCUCCUGACGCCUGUUCCGGCUUCAGAGAACCCAUUUAGGGAGAAGAAGUUUUUCUGUGCUAUCCUUUAAGUCUUCAAGAGGAGCCUAAGGAGCCUCGGGGCUCCAGGGACACUGAUGUAGAGUUUUUAGCAAAGUGGGCGCCUUUCUAGUCCACAGCAUUUAAAGAGAGGGAGGAGAACCAUCCUGGAGACUCCAGGCUAUGCAUGUUUAAAGAACUGGUCCCCUUUAUGAGAAUGAGA